AUGCAAGCAAGAGUUGAAAGAAAACGUGAACAACAACAACAAGAAACUGUGCUUGAAACUGCAAUGGAAGUAAACGAAAUUGGUAAUCAAAUGAUCAACAUGGCACAGGAUAAACAAAUGGUGGAAAUUCCAUCAAAUGACAUCAUUCCUCAGUCUAAUUCAAAGAAGCGUAAACGCAAUGUACCGACUAAAAUUGACAGACAUUUAAGUAAAUCAUUGAGUCGAUUAUCGAUUGCACAAGGAUGUUCCAAGAAGACGAAGAAAAAUGUUGCAUCAAAUAAUGUUUUAACAAAAAUGAUCCAUGAACUGAAUGGUCAGCCAAAAAU